AUGCGCGAAUGUCAAACUUGGAACAAAUUGAGAUCAUUUAUAUUUUAUAAAACUAAAAAUUCUUAUACGCCUAGGCCUAUGAUUUACAGUACUCUAAUGCCCAUUUCCACUCGUAUUAGUUCUGUAUGUGACAAUCAUAAGCGCUCAUUUUCCACAAUAAACUCGGAAAAUUCAACUUCUAUAACACCUAAAUUUUUGAAUACUGUAAAUUGUGAUGAAAUCAAAAUAUUUAAUGAUAUCUAUGACCAGAUGUCUGAGGAGGCAUCCCGCAAACUCAAUUUAAUUAAUGAAUUAAAGGCAAAACACUCGAAUAAAAUUAUUGACAACGUUAGUGUAGCUUCCAUAUUGGGAGGCCUAAGGGGAGUAUUUGCCUUGGUGACUGAUACAUCACAGAUUGACCCGGAUAAGGGGAUUUUGAUACAUGGUUUGUCAAUCAGAGAACUGCUUGACAAGUUACCAAAACCAACAAACGCUAGCUAUCCACACACUGAAGCUGUAUUCUGGUUUUUGCUCACAGGUAAAAUACCGACAGUGGAUAAGGCACUGGAAUUCUCAAAGGCAUUGAACAAGUUAGGCAUAGUACCGAAACACGUUUAUUCGGUGCUAGAUUCGUUACCAACUAAUGCACAUCCUAUGAUGCAAUACGUGGUGGCGGUAUCAGCCUUGCAAACAGAGUCAAUUUUCAAACAUCAACACUCAUUGGGCAACCUCAACAAAAAUACCUAUUGGAAAUUUUACCUACAAGAUGCACUCUCACUAAUGGCAAAGAGCCUACCUAUAGUGGCAUAUAUUUACAACCGUACAUUCAUAAAUCACAACAUAAAGGAUGGCCAGGGAAUGAUACUGGAUCCUCAAUUGGAUUAUUCAUCAAAUUUAUCAAAACUAUUGGGACUAACAUCCCCAAGAUCAGAGGAUAUGCUUAGAUUAUAUCUAGCAAUUCAUUCCGACCAUGAAGGAGGCAAUGUAUCAGCACACUCAGCUCAUACCAUUGCUAGUGCUUUGACUGACCCUUUUCUUAGUAUCUCUGGCAUGUUAUCGGGGCUUUCCGGCCCAUUCCAUGGUCUAGCAAAUCAGGAAUGCAUUAUAUGGCUUAUGAAUUUGCAAAAUAAGUUAGGAGGCACUGAACCCACGAAUGAAAUGAUUACAAAAAUUGCCAAGGAUACUCUAGCUAGAGGACAAGUCAUUCCUGGCUAUGGUCAUGCGGUUUUGAGGAUUCCAGACCCCAGACAUGACGUGAUGGUAGAAUUCGCCAAAAAACACAUGAAAAAUGAUCCUCUGUUCAAACUGCUUGAUGUUUGCCUGAAAUGUAUUCCUCAAGUGCUAAUGGACACAAAUAAGGUAAAAUGCCCCCACCCUAAUGUGGAUUGCUCCACAGGCGUCGUAUUAAACCACUUUGGCCUCAAUCACCCUGAAUUUUACACCGUUCUAUUUGGAUUAUCCCGUUCCAUGGGCGUGCUAGCCCAAAUAGUAUGGUCCAGAGCGUUGAAUAUGCCCAUCGAUAGGCCGAAGUCUUGCACUCUGAACCACCUGUACAAUAUGCUCAAAUGA